AUCCCAAGAACUGAUGAUAUAUAACAAGAAUAUAUCUACAGGAAGGAACACACAUGAAAGCAGAAGGGAUACAAUCUCAUUGUCAUUAUCUCUAACCCUCUUCUUUUUUUUUUGAAGAAGAAGAAAAGAAAGAUACUCUGAUUCUUCUUGUCUCCCUAAGAACAGAAAUGCUAGGUUACAGUACAAGAAUGAUGCUUUGUCUUCUUGUCUGCAUAGGAUUACUAUCAGACAACAGAUAUAAGGUCUUAGCCCUGAGAAAUAGAGAGUUUUUCCUCAGGCAAAUACAAGGAGAAGAAGCUAGAGUUGAGCCAGGUGAAAUUGUUAAGCUAAGGAGCAUUGAUAUUCAUUCUAGCCACAACCGUGAAGAUCAAGGAAUGCUCAUCGGAAACCGGCGCAUUCUUGAGGAAGUUAACCAGAGCAAAGUUAAAGUUGAGAAGACACAAGCACAAAAGGAUCAGACAAAGGACUCGUUCCAGUCAAGCAAGAGACGUGUAAGACGAGGAUCAGAUCCUAUUCACAACAAAUCCCAGCCACUUUCUUGAGUGGCAAUGUGGCACAACAACAAUCAAAUAUAGAAAAGAAAGGCGCAACGAUCAAAACCUUAUCAAGCUGGAGGUAGGUUAGUUGUUUUUUUCUUAGGUUUUGUUUUCAAGUAUAGGUUUGAUAAACACACAGAACAUUGGCUGUUGAGGGACAGCACCGUCUGUUCAGAUACACCAGUCACCAGGAGAAUACAUAUUUGUUUUUCAAUACAUUUCUUUUGACUAAAAGUGUUCACUCUUUUGUUUGCAUUAGUUCUAAGUUUCUGGAUAAGUUUUGUUCUUUUCUGCA